ACCUGAAAAAGGAAACGAAAUUGAAACGGCAUGUCCGAGGUUAUUAACCAACAUGAAAUUAAUCAGAGCUACUGGUUCAAAUGGAAUGAUUAUCAAAAUCAUUUAUCCGAUGUAGUUAGACAACUUUUGGAUGAGGAUUGCAUGGUGGAUGUUACAUUAGCAGCUGCAGGAGAACGAAUUCAUGCUCAUCGAAUAGUCCUCUGUGCUUGCAGCACUUUAUUUCGAGAGAUAUUAAGUCAAGUAAAUGAAGAUCAUCCAACAAUAAUAUUGAGCGACAUAUCUGCUCAAGACAUAAAAUCUAUUGUAGAAUUUACUUAUCAUGGUGAAGUAAGGGUCCCAGUUGAGAAUAUCAGUAGUUUGUUAGAUGCUGCACGUUCUUUAAAAAUAUGUGGCCUUAUUGAGAUUGAUGGACUUGAUGAAGGUGAUUUAGUAACAAACACAAAAGAUUUCAAUGAUAAUAGCGAAGAAUCAACAACUAUAAUCAAUGAGGAGACAGAAGAAAAUGUUAUCAAUGCGUUGCAACAUAGUUAUGAAGAAUUGGAGGAUCAACAAAAGGAACAGAUUACUGAGAAUAUCACUUUGCAUAAAAAGAAGAAACGCAGACGCGAUGCGACGAAAAGAGAUUAUAGCGAUGAUAUGUUAGAAUCUGCAAUCAAUGACUUAAAAUCAGGUCAAACAUUGAUAGAAGCUUCUACUAAGCACAAUAUACCCCGUUCAACGUUAUACAUGCGUGCCAAAGCAUUAGGUAUACAUUUAAAUGCGUCAAGAAAUGAAUAUCCAGCUGAGUGUAUGAAAGCUGCUAUAAAUGCAGUAAUUGGUGGAUCAAGUUUACAGCAUGCAUCAGAAAUGUUUAGUAUCCCAAAAACUGUAUUGUGGAGAAGGAUUCAGAAAGAAGGCUAUCAAAUAUUACGUUCUGAAAUGAAAAGGUCUUAUGGUUCUGACAAACGAGAAGCGGCAGUGAAAGCAUUAGAAAGGGGGGAGAAUCUAACAAAAGUCGCGCUUGAAUUCAAAAUUCCAAAGACUACUUUAUUCAGAGAUAAAGCUCGAUUGGUGGACGAGGGGAAAUUACCACUGUCGUUUUGGAAAAAACGUAAAACAGAGAAUGAGGAAUUAAAAAAGUCUCGUUUGGAAGAAGCUGUCGCCGCGUGUAAGGGAGGGAAAAUGUCACAAGCUGCGGCAUCCAUGACUUAUCAUAUUCCUAAAACAACUAUAUGGAGGCGUCUUCAACAAGAUGGUAAAAAAUCGGAACGAUUAUUAAAUUCAAGAAAGCAAAGAGUAAUAGAUCCUAAACAUAAUUCAGAAACUAAAGUGCAGGAAGGUUCUGAUUUUACAUAUUGUGAGGUUUCAUCAGAGAUUCCUAUAACUUAUAUAGAUGAAAAUAGUAUACCUGAGGAUUCUGUGAUAAUAUUAACAGCAGAAGAUAUGGACGAACUUAAUUUAGAAGAAGGACGACAAAUUAUUGUUAAUUCCGAAUCAGUACAAGAAUAUGUUCCUUGUGCUACAAGUAUUGAAGAAAAUUCAAAUUAUUCGCAGACUGAGAGUUAGCAUAUAAAUUCUGAUCAUUCAUCUAAAACAUAAUAUUGUCUUUUGUAUAGUAAUGUGUAUGCUAAUUUAGAAUUAUAAUAAUAUAUAUACACUCGAUAAGAUAUAAAGACUAAUUUCGUAAUAUUUGUAUAUUGCAAUGAAAUUACUAAGAAUGAUCUUGAUUUAAUUUUAUGUUCAUUAUUUUCUCAAACUCAUAUAUUUAAUGAAUAUUUAUUAUAAUUAUUUUUUU